UUACAUAAGCAGGGUUGGAGCUUGUGGCUACAAGAAAAGGUUCCAUCAGGGAUAUUCAGCUUUCAAGAACUCAUGAAUUACAGUGGAUAGUUCUGUGAAGGAAUUUUUAGAUGAGGAAGCUAUUCUUUUUUAGAUCAUCUGCAUCUAGCAGUGGAAGCAGCAAUGCAGCCCCUCCAACACCAACCAGUGAGAAGGGUUUUUGGGAGACCCCAUGGGAAAAUGGAGUAAACAAUGCAAGUGACAAAGUUCCAGCUCCUUCAGGUCUUAGACGGAGCCUCUCAUUUUCUUCAGCAGACGUAUAUGUUGGUGGCCUGGGGGAGAGGAACUUAACUCACUCGACUGAGUCAAGUAAAGCUCCAACUAUCAGCAACAUUCUGCCCCAGGUCUCUGAUUUUCCAGUUCGAUGCCGUUCUGUUACCCCAGAGAAGAAACAAUUCAAAGCUAAAAGUGGUGAUGGAGAUACUAUUCGAAACGCAUAUAGAGUAGGGAAGACUGAUUCUCCUAAUUCAUCUCGAUCUUGCCAUGAAUACUCAGGGAACUCUUCCUGUAGCUCUGAUCCAGUCCCUUUAAAAUGCGGUUCAACUCGUUUAAAUCAUGCCUCAAACAAGAUUCUAGAUCUUUACAUUGAUGGUGAACAGCAACAGGAAAGGAAUCUGAAGACCAAGAAUAGUUUGUAUCGAAGAAACCUUAAAUGUAAUGGAAAUGGAGGUAGUGGGCUUCCCCCUCGAGUACAGUCCUCAGCACCAUCUUCACCAACAGACAGUAAAAUCAAUGCUAGAUCUUAUUCAUUUGGGGAAAUGAGGGAGACAAAAAUUAGACAGUCAACCAGAGAGUGGAAGAAAAAUGACCUUGGAACUGUAAAUCCACAGAAAAAUGCAAAAGAUGUCAUUGAGAGACUCUGUAAGCUGCCCCCCCAGAAACCCAAGACAACUUUAUGGGGUCUUAACCCUGACACUCCAGCUCCAGUUGAAGAUAUUUUCGAGGACUACUCAGAUGUACAUGUGUAUCCAAAGUCAGUCGGAGUGGCAUUAAAAAGUUGUACAUCAGAUGGUCCUUACGGAUCCAUGAAUGGAUUUCAUAAGGAGGAAAGCUCAGGAAUUCAGAAAUCUAAAUGUUUUCAUGGUGAAGAUCCAGGGGGUCUGCUUGCAAUGCAAACAGAAGGGAACAUUGAUGAUAUGGAAUUACAGAGGAAAGCAAAGGAAGCUGCAGAAAGGGUGUUGCUUUUUUCAGAAGAGGUUGAAAAUGAAACCCUCCUUCGAGAUAGUAGUUUCAGUGUAUCAGCAAUGUUCCAGAAAAUUAAAAUCCUCACUCAGGAGCGGAGAAACUUGGCUCUUGAGAUAUCAGCCCAGUUACAGAGUCGAAUCACUGAGAGGGCUUCUGCUAAUGAAGCACUUAAGGUGUCAAAGGUUGAAUUGGACUGCCAAACCUGGCAACUGGAGAAAGAGAAGAAAGAGUUGCAGUUAAGAUUAGACAGAGAGUUAGACAGAAGAUCAAGAGACUGGUCCUUUAAGCUUGAGAAAUACCAAUCUGAAGAGCGGAGGCUCCGGGAGCGGGUAAGCGAGCUGGCAGAGCAAAAUGUCUCCCUGCAAAGAGAAGUGUCUGCCCUUAAUGGCAGAGAUAUGGAAAGCAAAAGUUGGAUAACAGAUUCAGAGCUACAACUGAAGGAACUUAUAGUAAGGGUGGAUGAAGCAAGAGGAGAAAACCAAGAGCUAAAGCAGACUAUGUUAGAGCUACAAGAGCGUGUUCAAGCAGCUGAAGCAGACCGCGAAUGCAUCCAGAGAAGCUACAAAGAAAAAGAGAAGGAAAACAAGGAGUUGCAAAAGGCUGUUACAAGGUUACAGAGGACCUGCAGUGAACAAGAGAAGACAAUUGGUGGGUUGCAACAAGGACUAGUUGAGGAAAUUGAAAGGAAGCAGUCGUCAGAAAAGUUGGACAAUUGUUUUGGUAAAUUGAAGAUGGAACAAGUAAGAUUAACAGGGGUAGAGCAGUCUUUAAGAAGAGAGGUGGAAUCCUAUCGACUUGAAGUUGAGUCCCUUCGGCAUGAGAAUAUUAAUUUGUUGGACCGCUUAAGAGCCACUGGGAAUGAUGGUGGGUCUUUAUAUUACAAAGUAGAUCAGGAGCUGUUGGCCCGGGUUGAGUGCUUACAGAAGCAAGGGCUGUCAUUGCUCAAUGAAUGCAAUCAGUUAUGCAUAAAGUUACUAGAAUUUAUCAAGGAGAAACCAGGCAAAACUUUGGAAGCAGCAUCAGAUACUGAACAGUGUCAGGCAUCUAAGAAUGGAUUAGAUGUGUACUUUGUUGUGGAAUCCGAUAUGAAAGUUCAGAGUUUUAAGAGGGAAAUUGAAAAUAUGAGAAAAAGUCUACAGACAAUAGCUGAAGUGUUGAAUGAGAAGUCCAACCCAAUUUCUUUUGAAUCUCAGUCACAAUGCAAGGGGGAUGGUGGGUUUGGAAAUUGUUGUGCCCUUGAGGAUGAUAUUGAAUUCAAGCUCAAGGCAGAAACUCUACUAACAAUUGUAUUGAGAGAAAAGUUGUACUCAAAGGAACUGGAAAUUGAGCAAUUGCAAGCUGAGGUGUCAACAGUGGUAAGGGGUCAUGACAUCCUUAGGUGUGAAGUCCAAUCUACUGGAGAUGCUCUUUCUUGUGUGACCCACAAGAUGAACGGACUUGAACUUCAGAUGCUAAGGAAGGAUGAGAUCAUAAACCAGCUUAAAUGUGACUUGCAAGAAUGCACAAAGGAGUUAACAAUUACAAAGGGAAUAUUGCCUAAAGUUUCUGAGGAACGAGAUUUGAUGUGGGAGCAAGUGAAGCAGUACAGCGAGAAGAACAUGUUAUUAAACUCUGAAGUUAACUGGUUGAAAAAGAAGAUAGAAGCUCUUGACGAAGACAUACUCCUGAAAGAGGGCCAGAUCACAAUCUUAAAAGACAGUCUCAGCAGCAAAUCAUUUGACCUCCUCUACAGUCCUAAUUCUCUGCAAGAAUUCGCAAUUGAAUGAAUUGUGGAGUUGUUCUAAUAUCCAUGCCUUUUGUGAAUAGUUGCUACUGUUCAUACUCUUUUACUUGGCAUUUCUGAUUUUUCUCUUGAUUUUCCCUUUGCGUUUUUCUUUUUAUUAAGCUUUGAUGAGUGGGAAGUGUACAUUCUACCAUAAUUCUUUUGUAAUAGAUCAGAAUUGUCAUUUCCUGUGUUCAAUUCGAAUAUAUUUUCUAGCA